CGAUUGGAUGGAGCAUCCCUUUUUAUACUGCCCGUGCGCCACCGCGGUGAGAGCUGAAAAUAGUUCUUCGAAAAAAAAAUAUAUCCUACACCUCGAUUCGAAAAGGGGAACCAGCCGCCGGCGCACAGGGGAAUCGGGGUGUUUCCUGAGGUGAUGCUGUCGAAUCAAUCAUUCCGGUGUAGAUAGAUGAAUUCCGCCUCUGUCCACAGGCUCGUCGAUCUCGAGCGCAAGCAGCAGCUGAUCCACAGCCACAAGCAAGGGACUGGCUCCUAGCCUCCACCAAUCUCUCUCCAUGAAAUGCCUCUCCGAUUCCUCGGUCAGUGGCGACGAUUCCCGGACUCCGGUCGCCGGUGCCGUCGAUGACGGCUCGAGCGAGCCGAGUAAGAAGCAGCGGACGGAGGAGCCGUCCUGCAGCUCGAGCGGGGCAGGGGAGUGCUCGUCCUCGUCCUCCCGGGCUCCGCCGCAGCCGCAGGAGGAGCAGCAGCGGGAGCAGCCCCCACCGGCCGCUGACGCUGGAGGGGGCGAGCCGCCGAGAGUGCCGGAUCUCGGGGAGGACCUGGUGUUCGAGGUGCUGCUACGGGCGGAGGCGCGGGCGCUGGCAACCGCGUCGUGCGUGAGCCGGGGGUGGCGGCAGCUGGCGCGGGACGAGCGGUUGUGGGAGGCGGCGUGUGUGCGGGAGUGGGCGAACCUUGGCUUCUCCGAGCAGAUGCUUCGCAGGGUGGUGCUCUCGCUCGGUGGCUUCCGCCGCCUGCACGAGCUCUACAUCCGCCCGCUCCAGCAGCGUGGUGCUGGCGCGCCGCACAGGCAGGGGAGGCGGCAGGUGCCGGUGAGGAUGGGCCGGGACCAGGUUCAAGUCUCCCUGUCUCUGCUGUCGACUUUGUUCUUCCAGAAGAUGCCUAAUGCUCCUCCUAAGAAAGACAAGGAUAACGAUAGUGGCAAGAAUGGAGGUGGCCAGUGCGGGUGAUAUAGCUUGUGAAAAAGAAUGACGAGCGUAUCUCCCAGACAGCAUCACUGCAAGCAGCCUAUGCAAUUUCAGGCGGUCUGGUUAUGAUUCUUUACUACAUUUGUGGGAGUUAGAAUCUGAUAGUAUCACUUGGAUUGGUGGACAGAGAAGACUAUGUGGAUAGGUGCGUAUGUACUGAUGGGAGGCAAUUUAGCUGAGUGAGAUGGCAUGAAAGGGGUGCAAUAGCGCCUUAAAUCAGUGCCAAGUCUACGUGCUGGAACUGCUAAAUUACACGCUAUCAGCAAAAUGUGUAAACUUGCCUAGACAAAUAUGUGUCAAGAGGGUCAGUGUGAAGUUGUGCCAUGGCAUUUGUCAAAUCUCCAUGGGUCAGAGGGCAUGCUUAGGUGAGCCUUUCUUUGGCUUCAAAGCUUUUUCUCACUCCCAUGGAAAGGGAAAGGACUUUACCCGUUUGAGCACAAUAAUGUGAGGAAUGGCCUGAGGUGUUGAUUUCUGCAACAAAGUUUCAGUUUAGUGCUGCAUUUUUCACACUAUUGUUAGGUUCAUUAAGCUCUUGUGAUGCGAUUGCUGUGUACUGAUUAACAAUGUUUGUUUGGAGGAAAUUUGAUUUUCUCAAAUUAAAAAUUCAAAUUUGAUAAAGUCGUCAUGUAUGAUAUAUUUGUGACAGUUGGAUCUGUCCGAUGCUUUUAUGGAUUUAACUUUUGUUUAACUUA